AUGUGGUGUGAUAACUGCUUGCUGGUGCUGCCUCUCCGUGCUGGGGCAAUUGCUUGGAACGUGAUCAUCGCGGCAUACAGCAUUGCUGGCUCCAUAAUAUUAUUUCUGUACGGCAGCUACUGGUUCUUCUUCUACCCGGAGUGGUUUAUAUACGGUGGCAUCGGCAUGGCCGUUGCAGCAGUGGCGCUGGUCAACUGCCUCGCGCUAUCCAACAAAUCAUACAUCUGGACCCGAGUCUGCAAGUUUUUGUGGCCAAUCUUGAUCGUCGUCUCGGCUGUGCGCUGUAUCAUCAUGAUCGUCGAACUCGACCGUGAUGAGACUGGGAUUGAAUGGGAGUGCAAUAAUGGAGGCGUACAGUAUAAUUCGACGACGUCAGAUUUCACAACGUCCACGUCGACAUCCACUCUACCGAGCGCCUUCUGCACCUCAGGCUUCUCAACAUUGAGAGCACUAUUCAUCAUCUCUCUUCUGAUCGAUCUUGUCUUCCAGUUGUACUCCGCCUUUCUGAACUGGAGAUUCUCCAAGCGACUGGAGCACUACUCAAGUAUGAAAGGGCCGUUCUAUGGAGGUUACUACAACGCUUAG